GCGCGAGUCGGACAGUGGACGCGUCAUGUAAGAUGCUGUAUAAUUGUGACGUCAUCAUGUUAUUGGCGCGAAUUGUGUUUCUGACCACCGUAGCCGCAGUGACACACCAUCCUGGUAACAUUGCGUGUCCCGGGGUUUGCGUGGCGUUGCGUAUCGCGCAAUAUUGCGAGGCGUACAUGGAUGCCCGGGAUUUGUGUGUCAAGGGAAAGGUCUGCUGCGUGUCUGAGCAGACCAGUACCAUCCUGCGACAGAUUAAUGACACGAAGUUUGACAUCAGGAGGCCGACAGUUUCGCCAGCGACGAUGCCAGCGACAACGCGAAGCCCUAAGCGGCCCUGCACCGGCGACUGCGUCGACAGAGUCUUCGCUCUCUUCUGCGACCACGUCCAGCACGACAUGGCGUGUUAUAACAACAAAAUCUGCUGCGUCAUCAAGGAGACACCCUCGAAUACCAAAGUGAUCACCACUACUACACCUAAGCCCGGCCCCAAAUGCCUCGGAGACUGCGUGUCUCCGGUUUUCGCAGUCUCCUGCGACAAGCUGGACGAGCAAGCGGUAUGCACCGGUAUGAACCGGUGCUGCCUCGACCGCCUCCAGCAGACCACCGCCAAACCUAACAUUACAACUUGUCGCGGCUUUUGCUACCAUAAGGUUAUGUCAGACUUUUGCUUUAAAUGGGACCGCAAUGGUUCGUGUGACGGCGAGAAACUCUGCUGUAUAGACGACGUGGAGAGAAACACAAGUACCUCUAUUGCUUCUACUACACAGCGGCCUGAGAACAAAUGCCGAGGUGACUGCGUGGAUCCGAUUCAUGAUAUUUGUGGCAACGUGGACUUCGCGGGCGCGUGCCCCGGGAUGACUCGCUGCUGCCUCGACGAGAUCGAAGAUAGUUACAUUAGUACUACUGUUAUUAACAACCUUGCCAGCCACAUGUGCCGAGGGGAGUGCGUGGACCAUUUCUCGGCGGUAUUCAGAUGCCAGAACCUCGCUGAUGCAGCAGUGUGUCCUGGGAAGCAAGGCUGCUGUCUCGACAACCUCUUGAAGCCUACCACCACUACCAGUACCACUACCACUACUAUUAGUACUCCUAGUCCGCCGAGACCAUGCAGUCACUUCUGCGUGGACCCGGUGAACAGUCACUGCUACAAUCCUGACGAAGAAGGGGAGUGUCCCAACUCCAUGGUGUGCUGCUAUGACCUCGACGGGAUAACCACCACUAAACAACCUAGCUUUAGUAUUAUUAGGCGGGGUCCCCCUUGCGCGGGUGAAUGCAAGUCAGGGCUGUUCUCCCUGUUCUGUGCCAAGGUGGACGAGGAUGCCUCGUGUCCUGGAGACAUGCUCUGCUGCCUGCCACCGGACGAACCAACCACGACUAUCAAGACUACCACUACUACUGUUGAGACAUGGCCGCGUUGUCCGGGUCAGUGCAUCCACCGGCUGCUGGGGGUGCGGUGUGACCCCCCCGCCGAGCUGGUGGACGGCACCGAGUGCGAGCCCGAGGGCUGGCAGUGCUGUGUUAAUACUAGGUUGAAUGAAGUGAAUCCUCAGUGAUACUACGUAGUGAGCUAGGUGCUUGACUGGACUGGAACGUGCCUACUUGUCUACCUAAGACAGUUUGAAGGAGCUGGAUUUUAUGGAAUUGCAUGAG